AUGUGGCUUAGUGUGCUUGCGAACAGGUGUCGGGGAGACGUGGACAAAAGGGGAAUAGAGGGGGAUGAUGUUGAGGCCCACUUUUCUCCCCACCGUGUCAUAAAAAUGGGGUCUGGUAUUCUUGCUGUGAUGAUGGCACAUGAUGCUGAUGAUAAAAUAAGCACCAACUAUCACACAUUCCACGAUGGCUCUGCGGAGCAAAUGCCACCAAACCGUGAAGAGAGGAAGUGUGAAAAGGAAACCUGUUUCCCCUCACCCCUCAUGCCCUUCGACUUUUGCGGUUGA